AUGGAGGUCCGGCAUUGCGUCAAUGGCCUAAUCAAGGCGCACCGGAUACAGCGACAAUGUCUCUUUACCUCCCCAUAUCGCUCCAUCGCUCCCUCGUCAACACGAGCCGUCACCACCAGCGCACCCUCUAAAGCGCCAACCGGCGCCGCGGCCGCAUCUAAUUCCCGCUCCGACUCCAGUAAUUAUCGCUCUUUCACCCUCAACCCCAACCGCAGAUCCACGCCCGAAGCAAACAGGAGCCUUCCCGAAUUAAGUGAAGUCGACAGCAUCCUUCGUUCCAUAAAGACAAACACCGCUGCAAGACCCCAAGCAGCACCACGAGAACUCAGCAGCGGCGGUGACUUGUUUACCAGGGAGAUGUCGGGCAUGUUGAAUAUGUUCGACAAAAACUUUCAAGCUGGGGCGGACGGCGCCCGGAAGCCACGCAUGUCUUCGCAGGUAGAGCUGCGGUUGACUCCGUCGUUGGGUCGGACGGUGUCCGUGGAUCAUAUUCGUGGGUUUGAUGUCGCAAAGGCGUUUGUGCAUAUGGAGGCGCGAUGUUCGGCGAAUAAAGUCCGUCAGGAUGAGAAAGCGCAGAGAUUCCAUGUUCGGAGGGGUCAGAGGAGAAAGGAAUUGAGGAUGGAGCGGUGGAGAAAGACGUUCAAAUUUGCGUUCCAGCACACGGUUAACAGAUGCCUGGCAUUGACGAGGCAGGGCUGGUAA